AGUGAAAUGGGACAUGACAGUGCAAUUCAGAAGGGUGAUCUAGCCUUGUCCUUUUUGCUUGCCAUCAGUUCAAUUGGUGCAACUGGGUCUCUCC